GCACUCAAUGAUCUCUUCAGGUCCUUCCAACCCCUCUGAUUCUGUGAUCCUGUAAUUUUAGAAGCUGGCUGGAUAAUUGUUACAAUGGUACCCUACCGUUCUGAGACUGACUGACAAUUAACUUAUUUGGCUUUUCUUUUCUGGUUUAAUAUUAAUUUAGGACCUAAGUGAAUUCAAGGAAGUAACGUCGUGUGUCUUUCCCCGGCUAUUGGAUACAAAACUGAUGGCAAGUACGCAGCCUUUUAAGGACAUCAUUAGUAAUACAUCCCUUGCAGAACUGGAAAAGCGUUUAAAAGAGGUUCCGUUCAGCCCUCCUAAAGUUGAAAGUGCAGAAGGAUUUCCAAGUUAUGACACAGCUUCUGAACAACUUCAUGAAGCGGGAUACGAUGCUUACAUUACUGGACUGUGCUUCAUCUCCAUGGCUAACUUUUUAGGUUCGUUUCUUAGUCCUCCAAAAAAUCAUGUGUCUGCUAGAUCAAAACUCAUCGAACCUUUUUUUAACAAGCUAUUUCUUAUGAGAGUAAUGGACAUACCAUAUCUGAAUUUGCAAGGACCAGACUUGCAACCAAAACGAGAUCAUGUUCUUCACGUCACUUUUCCCAAAGAGUGGAAGACUAGUGACCUUUACCAGCUUUUUAGUGCCUUUGGUAACAUUCAGGUUUCAUGGAUUGAUGAUACGUCAGCAUUUGUAUCGUUGAGCCAGCCAGAACAAGUACAAAUAGGUAAGUGUUUCUGAAAUUACUUCAGAAUU